AUGGCGUCCUUGGUGUCGGUGCAAUUGGAAGAUGGACGUCAAUUGCUUGCGUUCGCAGCAGAGAAAUUGCGGCAAGAACCGACGCAGUGGCCGGGUUUGAUGGUCAGUUUCCAGAAAAUUGUCUACCCAACGUACGACGUCACCCAGUGUUCUGACGUCAGUGACAAUGAUACGCAGAUACGAAGUACUCACCCUAUCUUUUCCUCGUCAGAAGCGUAUGUGUGCUAUGAGGUUGCGUAUCAGCUGCAUCGCAUCAUGAGCGUGGUCAAGCAGUGUCUUUGUAUCUUGCCGCCGGAAAAGCAGUACGAAGAACCGGACCUAGAGCUGAAGUGGAUGCUCGUAGAUGCACCACCAGCGUUUCUUGCAUUCCAACGACUGUUGUCUGUCUGGUGUGAGGAGAAGGAGGAGAAGGAGGCUAUUGAAUCUGAGGACGAGGACGUUGUGCUUGUGGUAAGUUUAGCAAACAAGGACGACAGAGCGUCUGAGAACUGGCAAAUGCGCAGUUGGGAACAGUUUUAUCGCGGAGUCGAAGCGAUGGAGUCAUUUGAUGAUUUGGUGCUCGCUAGCAGAGACUGUCUCCAUGCAUAUUUGAAGUGGAUGAACGCUGCAUACAGUCUCUCGGCUGUUCCCAUCUACUUUUCCAAGUGUAAUGCCGGCUACCACUUGGUACGGAUCUUGCACAUUGCAGUGGGUUUGUACGAAAAGAUGCGGAAGUACCAAAUUGCUACCUUGCUGCUCAACGAAAUGCUCGCAUCACCGUUUCUUGAGCGAAAGCGCGGGUAUUGGUGGGACCGCUUGGCUUUGAAUUUGGAGCACAUGAAGUGUUCGACUCAAGCUAUCGACACGUGUGUGAAUGCUUUAGAAGAUCCACACGUGCUUGCAGCCGACCGAAUUGCAGUUGAAAGGCGUUUGCAUCGAUUGCGUCGCCAAUGUGCUCGUCAAGAAGAGCAUCGAAUCAAGUCGUCGUCUCCUGUUGAUCUGAUGCUGCAAAGUACUGGAACGAGUUUCUUGGUUCCACUUGUGGUUAUCAGCGACAACGACGAGGAUAACGACGAGAAGACGAUGCCAGCUGAGGCGCAAUGUACCUACCAGUAUCGCCAGGAACACAUUGUAGGCCGUCCACUGAAUCGCCAAACGGGAGAAAAGUCGCGGUUCGUGGGAUACGAUGACGAGCCGUGCACGAUUGAACAGCUUGUUCUGCAAUACUACCGGGAUUACCAUCUCGUCAAUACUAACAACAAACAAGCAGAGACUGGAGGAUGGUAUGGUGUGCAUUCUGAAGGUUCUGUGCUCCGCAAUCUGUUCGGUAUCUUGAUGUGGGACGUGCUGUACGCGAGGAUUCCGGACGUGUUCCAGACGCCCUUUCAAUCUGGUCCUUUAGACUUUGGCUACGCGGAUGUUUUUUAUGAGGCUCGACGAGAUCUCAUCGACCAGCGGAUCAGCCAAGUGCAGGAGAAAUGGACAAUGGAGGAACUGCUGACAGCAUUUCUGACACGAUGGAAUGCUGAGUUUGGCAAGGUGACUCGAUUUGUGCAUUGGCCAAGUGACGAAGGAGCUUCGUUAAAGUUUCACAUGCUAACGAUCGCAGCGAUAGGGCGGAUGGAGCUAGCGAGUUUAUUGCGAUACAUGGCUACGUCAAAAGAGUAUCACCAAGCUCGUAACGGUCUGCCUGAUCUUCUCCUGUUACGGAUCAAGCUGUCUGGUCAAGCAACAUGUCCCGACUUGGAGUCUUUGCAACGGUUCGUUGACAGUCACGACUGUCUAAAUAUCUACGCGAUUUGCGGCAUGGAUGAGCACUUGAAUAUGAACGAGAAAACUCGGUCAAGCGUCGAAGUGCUGGACGAGACCAAGCCAUUACCAGCGGAGAAGCUGGAUGUGUCAAUGGUACAAACGGUUCUUCAGCUUGUACAGCACAGCUGUGCUGCGAGCUUGAAGUGCGUGGAAGUCAAGGGACCUCGAGACCGACUGAGUGAUAAGCAGUUAUUGUGGUUGCGUGUUCUCAACGAAGAGGUCCGUCUCGACGCUAGUGUCAUGCACGUCGAAGAACCAGAAAAGCGUGCGAAGCGAAAGAUGAAGAAGAAGAAGAAGAUGGAGCACAUGCAGAGCGAGGCAAACAUGGUUUCGAGAAAGCGACAAAGCACAGGACGACGAUAG